AUGUCCACAUCAGUUGAAGGUCAAAAGGGGGCGAAAGGUGAGGACCAUUGGUCUUCAGAGGCAUACCAGAAUGCCGCCGCUUUUGUGCCUAAGCUGGCGACUAAAGUGGUUGGUUGGCUUGAUGUCAGGGAUGGGGACCGUAUUUUGGAUGUUGGAUGUGGUGACGGCGUGCUCAAUAUCCAAAUCGCCCAGGCACUAUGCAAAGAAUCAGGCACAGGCCGGAUCCAUGGAGUCGACAGCUCUGUCGCAAUGAUAACCGCGGCCAAAGAAGCUACAGCAGCAAUCCCCAGAAUAUCUGGAAUCUGCACAUUUGAGGCCCUCGACGCAACACUCCUCCACACCGACCCAGAACUUCAGAAAGAGAGUUUCGAUAAAGUGUUUUCUAACGCCGCUAUGCAUUGGAUUCUCCGCCCUGAAAAUCGACGGGAUGAUUUCUUCAAAGGCGUGCAUAAGGCGCUCAAACCCGGCGGAAUAUUUGUUUUUGAGAUGGGGGGGAUGGGGAAUUGCGCCGAAAUGCGGACAGCCCUACUCUCCACACUUUCCCACCGCAUCGGUAUUCGGCUCGCCCGCGCCGCAGACCCAUGGUUCUUCCCCUCUACAACCUGGAUGCGUCGGACGCUCACAUCCUCCCCUGGCGGUUUUGAAGUCCUCCAGCUGGAAUCGGAGUACCGGCCUACGAAAGCUGGGGAGGGAGGGAUUCGCGCCUGGGUAAUCUUGAUGGGGAAGCAGUUUUUUGAUGUUGUGGAGAAGGAAAAGGGGAAGGAGGUUAGAGAGGAGUGUGAGAAGGAGGUGGAGGAGGUGUUGAGAACGGUGGUUAGGGGCGAUGGUGGCGAUGGCGAGGAGGGGGAGUGGAUUGGGUAUGUUAGGUUGAGGGGAGUUGCUAGGAAGCUUUGA